CACUGAAUAGUGAAUACUGGAUUGUUCAUUUGUUCGGAAUCACUGAUUAUGUUUUCUGUUUGUUUGAAGUCAUAUGUGCAACAGCUAGAAAGCAGCAAGCUGAAGCUUGCACAACUAGAGCAGGAGCUCCAGAAAGCUCGUCAGCAGGGAAUCUUCAUUUCUAGCUCCGGAGACCAGACCCAUGCCAUGAGUGGAAAUGGGGCAAUGACUUUCGACCUAGAAUACACUAGAUGGCUUGAGGACCAAAACAAGCAAAUCAAUGAGUUGAGGACUGCAGUUAAUGCUCAUGCAAGUGACAGUGACCUGCGCCUUAUCGUAGAUGGGAUAAUGGGGCAUUAUGAUGAAAUAUUUAAGGUCAAAGGUGUAGCUGCCAAGGCUGAUGUGUUCCAUAUACUGUCAGGCAUGUGGAAGACGCCUGCCGAAAGGUGCUUCCUGUGGCUUGGGGGUUUCCGUCCAUCCGAGCUCUUAAAGCUGCUGGUGAAUCAUCUGGAGCCGCUAACCGAGCAGCAGAUGUUGGGAUUGACCAACCUCCAGCAAUCUUCCCAGCAGGCAGAGGAUGCAUUGUCACAAGGAAUGGAAGCAUUGCAGCAAUCACUGGCGGAGACUUUGGCUGGAUCUCUGGGUUCCUCCGCUGGCUCUUCAGGGAAUGUUGCAAACUACAUGGGUCAGAUGGCCAUGGCCAUGGGCAAGCUUGGAACGCUCGAGAACUUUCUUCGCCAGGCCGACAACCUGCGACAGCAGACCUUGCAUCAGAUGCAGCGGAUCCUGACGAUCCGUCAGGCCUCCCGCGCCCUUUUGGCUAUACAUGACUACUUCUCGCGUUUGCGCGCGCUGAGCUCUCUGUGGCUUGCUAGGCCCAGGGAAUAACCAAGGAUCAUCGCGCGCUGGAUUUCCCCCAAGCUGAUGUGUACAACGCCGGGGGUGCUCUUCAUAUUGCUGCAGAUAAUUUGGGUAUUCGAGCUUUUCUUCUUGUAUAAUUAUGUGUAGCUGCUUUUUGGGUCCAGGGUUUGUACUCAGGUGGUAUACAAGUAGGUGGGGGGAGCCUGUAAGUUACAAUGGUUGUAGAACUGUGUUGGGAAUAAAAACUAGGUAAGUCAGGACGAGUCCUAAUUAAGUUGUGUCACAGAUCUGUAGUGGCUGGAAAAUUGGUGCUCCGUGUAUUUUAGCUGUUGUCCCUGUGGUGGUUGAACAUGGUGAAUACAUAUGAACUUGUUCCAUUUGGUUGCUCAA